GUCCUUCUAGAUGAAGCAGACCAUUGCUUAGCUUGCAGUUGCACCCCCUCCCAAAGAAAAAGAAAAACCAUUUUUUGGUACCAAGUUUUGUUUCUUAACGACGCUGACUUCUGUCUAGCUAGUUUUUGUUUUUCCAAUUGUUCGUAUGUUGUCACGUUUUGUGAAACAAGCAUAGUGGGUAAACCCUGAUUUAUCGUGCCUACCCAUGUGGAUGAUCAACGGUGAUCACCAGUCGGAAAAGUCAAGACAUUUCUGUGCUUCUAGGCAACUCCCUUCAACCUCAAUUGCCUACUGUGUUUAUUUUGACUUCUCUUGCUUAUCAGAACUCUUGUGUAGCAAGUAUGACCGAGUACAAACUUGUCGUCGUUGGUGCUGGAGGUGUAGGGAAAAGUGCAUUGACAAUUCAGCUUAUACAGAAUCACUUUGUUGAUGAGUAUGACCCUACAAUAGAAGAUUCAUAUAGGAAGCAAGUUGUAAUUGAUGGAGAAACAUGCUUAUUGGAUAUCCUUGAUACAGCUGGCCAAGAAGAAUAUAGUGCCAUGAGGGAUCAGUACAUGAGGACAGGAGAAGGGUUUUUGCUUGUAUUUGCUGUCAAUAAUGCCAAGUCCUUUGAAGACAUCAGUGCAUACAGGGAGCAAAUCAAAAGAGUCAAAGAUGCAGAAGAAGUCCCUAUGGUUUUGGUAGGCAAUAAGUGUGACUUACCCACCCGCGCUGUUGACAUGGCCCUAGCGAGGGAAGCAGCAAAAAAUUACGGAAUACCUUUCGUAGAAACCUCGGCGAAGACCCGCAUGGGCGUCGAUGAUGCCUUCUACACUCUCGUAAGGGAAAUCCGGAAAGAUAAGGAACGUCGAGGACGGGACAAGCAGAAAAAGCCUGGUGGUAAACUCCGUCCUCUGAAAUGUCAUAUUCUGUAACGGUGACUAGGAAGCUAUUAACGCCAUAGUAUAUGGCAGAAUGCAGUUGGAUUUAUGCUGGAGCGUAUUCUGCCAUAGAAGUUGUCCUGCUUGUAGCUAAGCAGAUGGUACUAAACAGGCGGUCAAGCCUUUCAUCGAAUGGCUUGGUGGGGAGGGGGGAUAUAUUUUCUUUUCACAAGGGUAUUGGUAAUUAGAAUGCGAAUAUAACGUGUGUUUUGUUUUCUUUUCCUUCAUCUUUUUUUCUUUCUCUCCAUGCGUAGUAUAUGCGUAAGUGUGGCUUGUGUCGUUUUACAUGUUUGUAAUAUUUUGGUACGUUCACAAGUUUUAUCAAUCACGGUUUCUUAAUGAUGUAGCAAUUCUUACUGCCCCUUUGCCGUGGACUGCAACUGAAAGCAUAUCACGGACUUGAAUUUGGACGUUUUCAGAAAACUUCAUUUUCGAACAUUAUUUUUAAUGGUCUUGCGAUAGAUAUGUAAUAGCGAAUACACAUUCAUGAUCGUCUA